UCUAAAUAAAUCGUUAAAUAAUAAACAUAGUAAUAAUAUAGGAAACACAGUGCAAAAACAAAAGAAUUGUGAAAUCAAGAACAAAGAAUACACAAGGAAAUAAAAUCAAUAAUCGUCAAAACAGAAAACUACGCGAAAACACAUAUAGAAUUCGUGUAAAAACGGGGAAGGAAAGGACGGAGAAGAGAACAGAAUGUAUUUGUGAAAUAUUAAUUAUAAGAAAUUUCGUCUUAAACAACAAAGCGAAGAAUAGGAAGAAAUAUGUCUAAAUCACAGCCAUUGGUGCAACUGGAGAACGUAGAUCUGCUCAAUCACAUUGAACAAAGUUCCGUAAAUCAAAUACAACAACUACACACAGUUGAGAUAAAUUCGGUCGGCCAUAGUAAAAAAAGUCGUAAAAAACCAAAGAAACGUAAACGAAGUGAACAGAUGCUCUUAUCUCUAAAAGACGAAGACGAAGUCGCUGAUGAUGGCGAAAAUGGAAAUGAUGAUGUUGAUGAUGAUGCCGAUGACGAUGAAGAAGAAGUCUAUAACGACAUGGGUGACACAACUUCAAAACCAACCGCUGUACACAAUGGUCAGAAUAAUACAAAGACAACCACUAAUACUAAUAUUUUGUCAUUCUCAUCGAAUACUUCUCCUACAAUGAGCGAUGAGAGAAGUGAAGUAGAAGAAGAUGAGAGUCAUAAUGUUAGCGGUAAAACAUCAACUAGUAACCAGAGCAGUCCGGCACAUUCGCCGCGACGCCAGCACUUCAGUAACAACAUAAUAUCGGCACACCUACGUCAGGAUUCUCUUAAUACACGCGACAGUAAUGAGAUUUGCUUAGUGCCUGAGAUCGAUUUUGAAUGCACUAUGGAUAAUAAUACUGAUAAUCGCGAAUCACAGCCGUUAUUAAGUGGUGUUGGACCUAGUAAUCGAGAUCAAUAUGAAGCUGCCUUUAACACAUUUGUGGAUGAUCCUAGCUUUACGGACAUGGUGGCCCAAGCGGAAUAUGCUAUCGAACAUGGUGUAAUGCCCGAGCGUAUAUAUCAAGGCAGCAGUGGUUCUUAUUUUGUUAAAAAUAGAAAUGGGAAAACUUUAGCAGUUUUCAAGCCUAAAGAUGAAGAGCCAUACGGUCGUCUCAAUCCCAAAUGGACAAAGUUCCUUCACAAGGUAUGCUGUCCUUGCUGUUUUGGCCGCGCGUGUCUAAUACCGAAUCAAGGAUACCUCUCUGAAGCUGGCGCCAGCUUAGUAGAUAGUAAACUGAAUCUGGAUAUAGUGCCAAAGACACGUAUAGUGAAAUUGGUGGCUGAAACAUUUCAUUAUGCACGUAUUGACAGACAAAAGGCCAAAUUAAAGAAACAUAUUAAACACCAUUAUCCAUCUGCAAAAUUUAAUCGCAUGAGUUUACCGUUGAAGACUGGCUCCUUCCAAUUGUUUGUAGAGGGCUACAAAGAUGCUGAUUAUUGGCUAAGGCGCUUUGAACAAGAAUCGUUGGCGCCGGCUUUAGAUAAAGCAUUUCAAAUACAAUUCGAGCGCUUGGUAGUGCUUGAUUAUAUCAUUCGCAAUACCGAUCGCGGUAACGAUAAUUGGCUAAUAAAAUAUGAGCAACCCACCAUAGUGCAGCAGGUAACUACCGAAGCCGAGUUGAUCAGUAUACCCACCACCGCUGUAUGUACGUCAACUGGGAACGAGAGAAGUGUUCAUAACUCAUCGGAAAAGCAGGAAGAUAGAACCUCUGAACCAACUGACUGGAACGUUGUCGAUUCAGCGACAAUCAGGCUAGCCGCCAUAGACAAUGGCUUGGCAUUUCCAUUUAAGCAUCCAGAUUCAUGGCGGGCUUAUCCCUAUCAUUGGGCUUGGUUGCCGCAAGCAAAAGUGCCAUUUAGUGAUGAAACCAAAGAUCACGUACUCCCCAAAUUAGGAGACAUGAAUUACGUCGAAGAGAUUUGCACAGACUUAUUCCAUUUGUUUCAGCAAGACCGCGGUUUUGAUAAACGCUUAUUUGAACGACAAAUGGCUGUGAUGCGCGGGCAAAUAUUAAAUUUGACACAAGCCCUCAAAGAUGGUAAAUCACCGGUGCAAUUAGUGCAAAUGCCAGCUGUUGUAGUAGAAAGAUCUCACGGUCAUCGGACGCGGUGGUCAUUUACCCAGCGCUUCCAAAAUAAAAGUCCCUUUUUCUCUUGGUGCUAACAACAAGAAUCAUUCAUUCACCCCAAAUCAAUCGAACACGUCUACGCAUGUCCUCCUUUCAAAUCUGAUAUUAGUUGUUUCUUUCGCUUUAUUGUAACUUUCUAACACUGUUGUAUAAGAAAGACAGAAAAAAGUUGAUUUAAUAAGUUCCCUCUCUCUCUCUCUUCUCUAUGUAAUUCUAAAGUCUUAUUAAACGUGUACACAUUUGAUUUGUUUAUGGUUAUUUGUUAUCCUUGGCGUAAUUGUGUUUCAAUGGCUUUGUGAUUUAUUAGUCAACGAACACCUGGCUUCUUGAUUUCUUAUUCUAUUUUGAUAGUGAUAUUUAUUAUGGCUUAUUAGAAACUAAAAAAAAAAAAAAAGUAUAUUUUGUUAAAA